GCAGCGGAUUUGUUGGCGCUCAUGGCCGAGUACAGUCCUGCACGAGAGGUCGUGAUAGCGCUUCAGGAAGCACUGGAACAUGUCGCGUCUCAGUACGACGACGAUGCAGAUGAGGAUGCGCAGCGUAGCCUUGCGAAGAGUCUCGUUCAAAUCAUUGACUUGUACACUGCAGCUAUCCCACGACUGAAGUUGCGACGGAAGACGGCCGCCGAGACUAUCGAUCCCCUGCUUCAAGAAAUCACGCGUGUAGUCAACCUUGCGAGCAUGAAUUGUGCACGCGAAGAUGGCAGGGAAGUACUUUCAGCAAUUGCAAGGCUUGCCAGCAGCACAUCGCGCUGGAUUGACGGCCUUGAUAUUGACCGCGCAGCAGCAGACGAAGCGAAGCGAAGGAUGUCGCGCGCAUUGGAGGAUGCAGUGUCGUCAUGCUCAGGAAGUAUACAAUCAGCGCUAUCACAGCGUACGUUCAACGAGCUAUACCCCCGGCUCGCUCGUAUGUCCGGACCUCUGCCUGAGGGCUGGGAAGAAGGCGCAAAUGCAGUCAGAAGUGCAGGGACAUCUCACGAAGCCUUGAACGGCUCGACGAGCUCGUCGACCGCGUCAAUAGGCUCCCUCAUUCUAUCUAGCCACUCGACAGAAACUCCGACGGCUACCACCCUAUCCUCCGCCAUGCCUGCCCUACUCACCUCCCUUCAAACCAAUGUCGCCCUCGACGAAUCCCUCGCCCUCCUCCUCCGCGUUCUCAGCCAGCCUACCGUCACCCUCUCACCUGACCUUCUCUUUCCUCUUUCAACCCUCCUCCCCACCGUCGCAAGCAUGCACCCUGACCCCACCACCCGGCACAUCAGCUUCCGUAUCUUAUCUCUUCUGCUUCGCGCCGCGCCCUCGCAUGUGCGGUUGGAUAUUCUGAAGGAGCUCACAGCGGAUGAAGGGUUGCCACAAAUGAUGGUCGCGGCGAUCGGGUUGGUGAAGGAGGCGUUUCUGGAUGGACUCAACAAUGGAGACGCGGAUGUGUUCGCCUCGAGGAGGGCACUGCAGGAGCUAGGCGGUACUGUGCUAAGGACGAAUCCUCCAGAUGUGCUAGAGGGGGUGGAGCAGGAGAAGUUCUUGGAGAGUGUAGAGCCGAGGCGAUUGACGGAGAUUUUGAGCUUGGUCUAUGUGCUCCUGAAUAGGGAUGUAGAGAAUAAGACCGGAAUCCGCGACAAGGAUACGCUCCGAGCCCUGGAGGCGAAUAUCUUGAAGCCUCUGAGAAGGAGGCUCGCAGAGUGGAUGGAUGAGGGUGGUGAAGAGGAGCAUGACCACGACAUCAUGUCUCUGGUCGGACUGUCUAUCAGCCUCGAGAGGGUCGAUGCCACCCUUGCGGAGCUGGGUGCGUCGUAAAUUCUUCUAUGUGCAGCGCUCUUCAUCUCUGGGUCUAAUGUAACUGGAAGCAAUUCAAUGACUUUUUCAAUACUCUUUUCCUGCAUCACUGUCAUAGUGCGUAGCGCAGCGACAGUCAAUCUGCCCCCCACCGUACUGCUAUCUCGCCUCUCCUUCAGUCCACCCCCUCCAUGUCGAUAGACCUCCACUUGGUCGUAUUCACGCCAGCGCUACCGUAUGACUCACCAUGACACUUCCUCCAAAUUUAUCUUAUCGGAUACCGUUUC